UCGAUACCGAGAGUUUUAACAGAAUUGCUGUCUAAGUAAAAGUGAAUUUAAAGAAUAAAAAAGUCACAGAAAAUACAUUGAAAAUGACAUUCUGGUCCCUACCAAGUACCCAUACCAAAUCAACAAGGGGUUUUUUGGCCGUAAAAGAGCCACUUUAAAAUAAAGACAAUUACAGAAUAUCAGUCCGCCGCGCAGUCUUGGCUUAAAAACUGGACCCGAAACACAAAUAAUGCUCUCAAUCCUGGUAUAUCCGCAUCAAUGUGCGUACAAGCCAAUUAAAAAAUAAAACUGCUGGAAAACGAUCCCAACAAAACGAAAAUGGUGUCCGGGUGUCACCCAAAUGACAAAGAUGCCAAAUAUAUUGGUAUUAAAGGCAAUACUUAUUCCGAAACAAUUCAAACUUCCGUACAAAAUGAUGGUUUAAGCACCUUCAACUGUUCGAUUUACAAAGUUCAAGCUCCAAUUAACGAGCAAAUAAGAUCUCAAUUGUUUUGGAGAAUGUCAUUACUGAGCACAAUACUACUUAUUUUAAUUUCAAUUCACUUUAAAUUGGCACAUGCAGAUCAGGUCGUUCUAUUGGAUACAACUAGAGAAGCUACAUUGGAGUGGACCAGGUAUCCGUAUGGCCCUCAAGCCCAAACACCGGGGUGGGUAGAAGAGUCAUUUACCGACUUCGUUAAGGGCAUAAACUGGAGAAGCUAUGUGGUGUGCGAUGUGGCAUAUCACAACGUCAAUAACUGGUUGUGGUCGCCGUUUAUUGAUCGUGGAUCAGCAAACCGACUUUAUAUUGAAAUUCAGUUCACAAUACGCGAUUGUUCUUUAUUCCCAGGAAACGCUUUGUCAUGCAAGGAAACAUUUAGCUUACUGUUUUACGAGUUUGAUGCUGCUACUCGAGAACCUCCUCCAUGGCAAACAGACAGUUACAGGCUGAUUGCUCGCAUCGCGGCUGGUGAGGGGCGCUUCAAUCAGAACUCCGAUGUAGAUAUUAACACUGAGGUGAAGAGCAUAGCCGUGAACAAAAAAGGCGUAUAUUUUGCUUUCAGAGAUCAGGGCGCUUGUAUUAGCGUCCUGGCGGUAAAAGUAUAUUAUAUUACGUGUCCCGCUGUUACCGAAAACUUUGCACACUUCAACGAAACACCUACGGGAAGAGAAAUUACCAUAAUUGAGAAACAAAAUGGAACUUGUGUCGAAAACGCAGAACCGUAUGAGCCGCCAACCUACCUAUGCAAAGGUGAUGGAAAAUGGACAAUUCUUACAGGUGGUUGUCGUUGCAAGGCUGGCUAUGAGCCGAAUUACAUCAAUAAAACUUGUACAGAAUGUCCAUUUGGAACAUUUAAGUCUCCAGAGGUAACAAAAUGUACUCCUUGUCCUCCCAAUUCAAAUGCUUCAAAUACUGGUUCACCUUUCUGCAAGUGUGUGUCUGGAUACUAUAGACAUCCAAACGAUGGUCGACAUAUGCCAUGUUAUAGUCCACCAGCUGCACCUACUAAUCUCACUUUGUUGUUCGUUGAUCAAACAAGUGCCAUAAUAUCUUGGAGCGCACCAGCCAGAAAUGAAUCACUUUUACUCGAAACUCAGCCUAAAAUGUACCACAGUGAUAUUGUGUACAAGAUCAAAUGUGUUAAUUGCAGCCCAAAUGUAGUGUACAAUCCCUCAACAGACACAUUUAACGAAACAAAAAUAACACUUACAAAUCUUGAACCGGUAACGACAUACACUUUGCAGAUACACGCAAUAAAUAGCGCUUCCCAUAUUACCGAUUCUAACAGACACUCCAACGAGACUUCACUAGUGGCAGUAAAUGACAUAACAUUGCUAAAUACGUCGUUUUUAAAUAUACCGUUGGAUUUGAACGAAGUAAAGACCGGUCAUGCUGAAAUCGUUUUUACAACUGAGUCGGUUUUGCUCUCGACAGUUUUUAACUUGCGUAUAUUGGCUAUAACUAGCACAGAUGCCGAUCUAGAAUGGGAUAAACCUGUUCAAAGUGAUUCUCCGCUUGAAUUUUAUGAAGUGCGUUGGUUUCCAAAGGUCGAAUUAGAUGCUAUAAAUAAAUCAGCUCUGAAUACAAAGGAAACGAAAGCACAUAUAGUAGGACUGUUAGAAAAUACGGAGUAUGGAUUUCAAGUUCGCUGUAAAACGAUUAAUGGGUUUGGUUCUUAUAGUAACAUGAUUUACGCCCAAACUCUUCAAUCCGUUGGGUCAGUAUACGACGAUUCUGUCCAAAUACGAUUUAUUGCUGGAGCCAUCGUGACGGCUGUACUAUUUUUAGUAAUUUUUAUAAUAGCUACAGUAUAUUUCAUGAGAUCCAAGCAUCAAGAUGAACUUGAUAAAAAAUCUACAAAUCAUUUACCAUUACCACUUGAUUACGCCAGCAACGAAGUUAAUUCUAUGGAUACUACUCCAAUUGUUAAAACACUUCAUUUAAACGUGACGACUCCUUUAUUUGGAAAUAGUAGAAGCUACGUAGAUCCGCAUACAUAUGAAGAUCCUAAUCAAGCAAUAAGGGAAUUUGCUCGAGAAAUCGAUGCAAACUACAUUACAAUAGAAGCUAUUAUUGGUGGUGGAGAAUUUGGCGAUGUCUGCCGCGGUCGCUUAAAAAUACCCCCAAACUUUGUACAGGACAUUGAUGUUGCAAUAAAGACUUUGAAACCAGGAUCUUCGGAAAAAGCUCGCUGUGACUUUUUGACAGAGGCUUCUAUUAUGGGACAGUUUGAUCACCCAAAUGUUAUUUACCUACAGGGAGUAGUUACUCGGUCUAAUCCAGUUAUGAUUAUUACUGAGUACAUGGAAAAUGGCAGCUUAGACACAUUUCUUCGCGUGAAUGAUGGAAAGUUUCAAACAUUACAGCUUAUAGUUAUGCUUCGGGGUAUUGCCAGCGGGAUGUCAUAUUUAAGUGAAAUGAAUUAUGUACACAGAGACUUGGCGGCACGUAAUGUUCUUGUAAAUGCCCAAUUAAUAUGCAAAAUCGCGGACUUUGGAUUGUCGCGUGAAAUUGAAAAUGCAAGUGAUGCAUAUACAACUCGUGGCGGUAAAAUUCCUGUACGUUGGACUGCGCCUGAAGCUAUUGCUUUUAGAAAAUUUACUUCAGCGUCAGAUGUUUGGUCGUAUGGAGUAGUUCUAUGGGAGGUCAUGUCCUAUGGGGAACGCCCAUAUUGGAACUGGUCAAAUCAGGACGUCAUAAAAAGUAUUGAAAAGGGCUAUCGUUUACCAGCUCCAAUGGACUGUCCAGAAGCCCUUUAUCAGUUAAUGUUGGAUUGCUGGCAAAAGCAACGUACUCAUCGUCCCACAUUUGCUAGUAUAGUUUCAACUCUUGACAACUUGGCAAGACAACCACAGUCAUUAUUGACAACCCGACACUCACCAGAAUCAGACGGUAAUCAUAUUUUGGAUGCACAGCGAGGUCAAAAUAUUUUUAUAAGUACCGAUCUUUGGUUAGAGCACAUUAAAAUGUCUAGAUACUGUCAACAUUUUAAAGAGGCUAAUUUAGUAAAUGCUCAACAGAUAUCUAGGCUAACAGCUCAACAACUGUCCGACAUGGGAAUUACUUUAGUAGGACAUCAAAAGAAGAUUUUACAUCAAGCCCGGCAACUGGACACUAUAAUAUAAACCAUUUAUUUUUACAAAGUAGUUUAAGAUGUACAUAUAAACAAUACAUAAUUUAUUAUAAUAAUAAUAUAAUAUAUGGUCGAACUUUCUUAUUUUCAAUCAACAUCUGCAAAAUAAAUGGACGCGUUUACUUUCAUGUUGUACUAUUUUCACGUGCAGUUUUACCUUCUGUUGCCAAUUUAUGCGAUUUAUACAGACUUCCAGUUAGGAAAGUUCGAGAUAUAUAUAUAGAAAUAUAAAUUUAUAAAAAAUAUAUAUAAUUAACACGUGUGAGAUACAAAAACACAAGAACACAUUACAUUUAAUAAGGAUUUUAUAGGUUCUCUUAACUAGAACAUUAGAUUAUAUAAUAGAAAAAAUAUUGUGUUUACGUUGUUUAAAAAAUAUUACCUUAUAUACCAAUGUGUAUUAAUUAUUUACUACACAAAACAUUUCAAGCUAAUUAUACGAGUAUAGAGGCGCUAUGAUUGCCUAGCUGUUUUAA